UUAUAGUGGAUAUGACAUAACAAAAAAUUGUAGAGCUUUUGAUAGAUUUUGUUUGUGCAAUAAAUUACUUCAAAUCACUCAAACUAUGUCCUUGUUCUUUACGUAGACAAAACACAAUAAAAACUAGAUGGAUUAUCGGCAUUACUCACGCAGCGUCGAUAUCUGAGAUAAUGCCGGCGCAGACAUGUCCGCGCUGGGCGCCCGCGGGCAGUGAGGGAAGGCGAUUGUCUUUGAAUUAUAAUCGGACCUAUGUGUGCGAGUAACCAACGACCUCGCGGUGUCAAAGUUACGGAACUGAAGUGACCGCACGCCCCACCACAGCCAGGACUGCGGCUCCGUUUUGCUUUUCAUAUAAAAGUCACACUCCGGCCCGAUAAUGGUAUCAGUCACCUGCUCUGAUUAACUAGUGCAAAAUGUUCACCAAAGUGUUCGCCCUCAGCGCCGUGCUGGCCGCCGCCAGCGCUGGUCUCCUGCCAGUGCACCACAGCGCCGCCGUCUCCUCCCAAAGCAUCGUCCGUCACGAUGCUCCCGCGCACUACGCCCCAGCGCACUACGCGCCUGCGCACUACGCCGCUCCCCUGGUCCACGCUGCUCCCGUAGUUCACGCCGCUCCCAUCGUCCACGCCGCCCCUGUUGUCCACGCUGCCCCCAUUGCCAUCGCUCACGGCGAAUACUCUCACCCCAAAUACGACUACGCUUACUCCGUGGCUGACCCUCACACCGGUGACCACAAGUCCCAGCACGAGAGCCGCGACGGUGGUGCCGUCCACGGAAGCUACUCCCUGGUUGAGCCUGACGGUUCCGUGCGCAAAGUAGAGUACACCGCUGACGACCACAACGGUUUCAACGCGGUUGUCCACAAGACCCCCGGCCACCACCCCGCCCCCGUCGUCCACGCCCCCGUGGUCCACGCCGCUCCCCUCGCACACUACGCCCUUCCCCUGGCUCAUGGACAUCAUGGUCUCCACUACUGAACACUAGCAUAAACGUGUGAUAUGAUGACGGAUGACUGAUUGUGAUAUUUAUGUGUACAUAUGAUGAUAUGAAUUUAUACUCGAAUGUAAAUAAAAUACUCAGCUGCUGAAUUUUA